UCCGCAGCAUUGUGCCGUCGCGGGAGACGGGAGCGUUCGAAAAUCUCUGCCACGUGACCGGCGCUGUCGGCUCUUCCCCGCCUUUCCCCGCCGCCUCUCCUGCGUGCUCUCCAAGGCAAUGAGGACGCGCGGGGGCAGCGCACACUCUCUCUCUCUCUCUCUGUGUAGGAAGCCAUGGGGGAAGGAGGCGCUCCCAGCCAUGAGCUAGACUUCGAAGGCGUAGCGCUAGAGCUGACUCAAGAGAAGCAAAUGAAAGAAAUGUUAGAACUGUCCAUAUUUGAAAUGAACAAUACAGUAGCGGAACUAGAGAAAAGACUUAACAGAACUGAUGAUGAAGACAGUGAAUGGAAAACCAGAUAUGAAACCCAAGUAGAACUGAACAAAAAACUAGAAGGGCAGAUUGAAUUUCUCCAAGGAAAGAUGGAGCAUCUUGGUGGCAACCCAACAGACAAACUGGCUUCUGUUCGCGCCUUUGAACAAAUGCAUCCGGAUUCUUUAAAUCAGUUUCUUAAAAAACUGGAAGAGGAGAAGAAAGGUCUCCAGAACCAGCUGAAGGAAUAUGAACUUAGACUGGAUCAAGAGGCAAAGGCUUACCAUAAAGCCAAUGAUGAACGCCGUGCAUACUUAGCAAUGAUUACACAAAUAUCAGGAUCUCUAAAACCAUUAGAGAAACAGAAAAUAGAUGCAGCUGAAAUGAAGAGGGAGAACCAGGUUCUGAGGAGAAAGUGUAAUAUUCCAAGAAAUCAAAGAAUACUGGACCCAAAGAAGGGACCAAUUAAAAAAACAGCAGGAGUGAAGCAUCUUCCAAAACUGAAACUCUGAUUGCUUAUUCUAGAAUUUAUCCUUUUAUUGUUUAUUUUGCCACUUGCAAUUACAGUAAACACAAAAUGUUAUUUUAAAAUAGUAUUUUAAAGGUUCCUCAACUCAAAUACAGGACUAGCACUGGUGAUGUUACCUAGUUUGUAUAAUGAAACAUCAGCAAGAAAACAAUCAAGCUCAGAGAACACCAAGGACCCUCGAAGAGAAAGUCUUAUGGCAUAGUCUCAAGAUACUGUAUGCUUUCUACAUACGGGAACAAUGUUAGGAAGAAUUCUAGUGGAUUUUAAAUGUAUUGGGUCUGUCCUUUAAGAUGUCACCAGAUCUAAUACAUCAUUCUAAUCCAAAAGCAAACAAGCUACUUUAUGGCUUAUGGUGUCAUGUACAAUUAGCCUUAUUUCUUGUUGAAAUGCAAGAAGCUGUAGAUGUUUAUGAUUCUGUACUCCACACUGCAGUUUGCCUUCUUUCAACAAACUGAAGUGGACGCAGGCACAACAGGAUUCUGAGAUAUGCGAGCUUUUGAAAAGUAGUUUUAUUAUAGAAAAGGCAGCAGAGCCACUAUAAAAGAAUGUCAAUAAUUUCUGUCAAUUGAAUGUAGGCCUUAUUUAUAGUGAAAGCAACGUUUACAUUCUUCCAGUUCAGUGUGUCCAGUCUGCAUGGUAUAUUUGUCUUGAAACUAUUCUUUUAGGGAGAGGGCACUGGGGUCAUUUCUUCCUGUUCCUUGUUUUGAAAAUGGACUCAUCUGGUUCAGGCUAUUUGCUCUUGCCUUUGAAAAAUAAGCCAGAUGUGCCUUGCCCAACUAAGUACUCCAGAGUGAAUGACUAAACAACUCUAAAAUUUCCUUUCUCAUGUGUGCAGAAUCAGUAUUCUGGUUGGUUCUUAUUUGGAAUCAAAAAGAGAAGCCAUAACAUUUUUAUUUGCCUCUGUGACAAGCAUUUUAUGAGGAAGACAAUAAAGAGUUUCUAUUUGGAUAUCAUGCUAAAUAAAUCAAGCCCUGGAUCAUCCAGUGCUAUGUGCCUUACAACAUAUGGCAUAUGUUUGGAUAGUUCUCAUGUGAAUCCAGCCAUUGUGAUGUUUCUGUUUGGUAGCCAGUCCUUCAUUAAAGAAUUCUGAAAAGCAAGAACAAAACGGAAGGAAUUUGAUCAAUGUGGAAUUAUGGAAUAAUUUGUGGAAGGUUUUGCAAUAGUUCCUAACUCCUUUUAACUUACAAAUCUCAAGUUUUAUUAAAAAUAUUACAGAACAAAAUUCUCAUUGAUUACACUGAUUUAAUUAAUAUA